AUGAAAUCAAACAAUUUACCAGUUGACCAGAAACAGAGAAAAUUAACUCAGUUAGCAUCAACACACAACCAAUAUCAACCAUUUUCUUCUUAUUAUCUUUGGUAUCUAAUCGACAGAUUUCAUUUUAUCAUCGAUGAUAUUCAAUCAAUUUUAACAUUUACUAAAAACACUUGUUUUAAUGAAUUUGCGAACGAAUUUAUGAACGAAAGACAAAAGGCUGAAUUAGAAGGAAAUAAAGGAAAAAGUUUAUUUUGCAAGAUUUCACUUAAUGGAUCAUAUGGUUACGAUGCAAUGAAUACACAAAAUUACGCAAAGACUAAAAUAAUGAAUGCACAGAAGGCACGCGUUGCAUGUAUGUCAAAUAAGUUUAAAAACAUAAGAGAAAUAGGUGAAGAUACAUAUCAAAUGAUGCUCAAAGAUAGAUUUUAUAGAUGUGAAACAUGUUUACAAGAGGCAUUCUUCACUUUAGAUAAUGCUAAAUACUGGUAUUUGGUUUUCAUUUAUGAUUUUAUGUAUAAAUGCAUGAAUGUUAAUCGUUUUCAUUUCAUUGAAGGUGAUACUGAUUCAUCUUAUUGGGCAAUCGCUGGUGAUCCAAAUCUUCCUAACACUCAAGCAUUUCAAGCAAUUGUUACUGAUAAACAAUUUUAUGAUAAAAACAUUUUCAAAUUCGCACCAUUUGAUUUCUUCUGUUUUGAUGAGAAAUUUAAACCUAAAUUAAAGAAUAAAGCUGAAGAAAAAGCACAUGAGAAGAAGUUAUUGGGUUUAGCAAUUGAGAAACAAGGUGAUAACAUGGUUGCUUUAUGCCCUAAAUGUUAUACAUCAUUCAACGGUUCAAUUGAUGGAAGUGAUUUUAAAAAGAUUGCACAAAAAAUGAAAGGUGUUAGUUUACGACAAAAUAAACAAUUAACACCUAAAAAUUAUUUGGAUAUAAUAAAUGAUAAAGUGAUAUUUGAUGGUCAGAAUAUUAAUUUACAACUUAAAAACAGGUCUGUGACUCGCUUAACAAUUGGUAAGACUGCAUUAACAGGAGCACACACUAAGGCUGUAUGUUGUGAAAAUGGAUGUUGUAUGCCAUUUAUUUAA